AUUCCGUGGUGCGGCUGGAGGCUGGACCAGCGGCUGCGCGGGCGCAGGGUGCGGUACAUUCGCUGCGCAGGCGCAAGGCCGAGGGCGCGCCACUCGCCCAGCGCCCGCCGCCGCCGCCGCGCGCAGACAUGACCGCGCUAAUACCUGUGCUCGCGCUGCUGGCGCUCUCCGCGGCCUCAGGAGCCCCGGCCCCCGGCCGAGUGCCAAAGGUCUACAACGCACUCAUCACCUCCAACCAGAACCUGGAGCCCAGCAAGGCGUACCCCGUGUACCAACCAGUCUUACAGGACCCCUACUUCCAGUACCAGCCUGUGUUCUAUUCUUCGCCGCAGUUUCCUCAACUCUUCCCUUCAUUGAAGACUGCCCAACAGCCACCCGCCCCGGCCGCGUCAGACAACGUGCCACACACCAACCCCGCGCCCUCGGAGGCGCCGCCCGCCCCCGAACAACCCCAGCCUCCGAGGAAUGAGGAGAACAAACCCACCCCUGGACCUCCCCAACCACCGCACACCGAAUCUCCCAUCCCCCUAAACCAGUUCGGUCUGCCUCCUCAAGUGUUGCCCUUAGGCCGCGGUGACCCAGCCUACGAUGGCUUCCACCAGGUGGCACCCUUCUCUUACUCAUACCCAGGGCUCAGAUUCUACGAUCCUUAUGAUCCUUUGUUCUAUAACCCGUACUUAAAUCUCCCUCCGCUGUACCGCCCGCACCCGAACAGUUUGGGUCCCGGCAUCUCGUUCAUUCCUAGAGAAGCAUCCCCCGCUCCUCAAGGCCCCGCCCAGGCCCCCGCCCCCGCAGCCCCCGCCCCCGCGCCCUCCGAGCAGCCCCCGUCCAGCCCGCCGUCUGAACCUGAUAAUCUUAGCGUCCUCAAUUACUCCUCAAAAGACCCCGCCAUACCCAACGUGCCACCGCCCCCGCUGCCACAAGGAGGCUCUGAAGCUGACUCAGAAUAAUAUUGUAUUAUUAAGACCUUUAUUCAUAAUAUAAGCUAGUAAAAUAUUUGGUUUAACUUC